AUGGACGUUUUACGACACCCAAUAUUUCAGAACUAUUUCAAUGUGACGAUGACUUAUCGACGUGACUCUGAUGUCGUCAAUAGCUAUGGCCGAAUUCAGUGUAGUAUCGGAUCGGCGCCAUCCUGUUUGAAUUUCCCGCGGUUAAAUCGAACAGUCGUUCCAGAGACUCCCGCAGUUCCGUUUCAAAUCGACCUGACCUUGAAGAACAGGGCCGUCGCCUGGUUCGUUUCCAACUGUGAAACGGACAGCCGGCGUGAAUUGCUGGCCCGCAAUCUCUCGCGUUUCAUUCCGGUGGAUAUUUACGGCAAAUGCGGAGACGGCCGACACAGCUGCCAGAAUCGGGCCGGCUGCGACCGCCUGCUCAGUCGCCAUUAUCGAUUCUACCUGAGCUUCGAAAAUUCACUGUGCCCCGAUUACGUCACGGAGAAAUGCUACCGGCCCAUGGCGCACGACACGGUGCCGGUGGUUUACGGCGGAUCCGAUUAUUCGUUUUACCUUCCGGCCGGAUCCUACAUCAACGCCAUGGAUUUCGACAGCCCAGAGAGUUUGGCGAAUCAUCUCAAGAAACUGAUGGUCGACGACGAGCUCUACCUGAGUUACUUCCGCUGGAGGGGACAAUAUACUGUCGAUGCUAUGCCUAUAGGCGGAUGGUGUCCACUGUGUAGUUUGUUGAGCGACACUAACAAGAAAGAAAGUAAGACUUACGUGGACAUUGCUGCUUGGUGGAAUGGCCAGUUGACCAACAAAGCGUGUGUUUAG